AUGGUGCAACCAACAGAACAACCAACUAAUCCUCCUACUCAGCCACCAACAAACCCUCCUACACAAGAACCAACUGAUACUCCCACAGAGCCAACAACAGGGGCGCCAAUAGAAGACCCCACAGAAGAACCAACAGAGGAGCCAAUAGAUGAUCCCACAGAAGAACCAACAGAAGAGCCCAUAGAAGACCCCACAGAAGAACCAACAGAGGAGCCAAUAGAAGACCCCACAGAAGAACCAACAGAUGAGCCAAUAGAAGACCCCACAGAAGAACCAACACAGGAGCCAAUAGAAGAUCCAACAGAAGAACCAACAGAGAAGCCAAUAGAAGAUCCAACAGAAGAACCAACAGAGGAGCCAAUAGAAGAUCCAACAGAAGAACCAACAGAGGAGCCAAUAGAUGAUCCCACAGAAGAACCAACAGAAGAGCCCAUAGAAGACCCCACUGGAGAACCAACAGAGGGGCCAAUAGAUGAUCCCACAGAAGAACCAACAGAGGAGCCAAUAGAAGACCCCACUGGAGAACCAACAGAGGAGCCAGUAGAAGAUCCAACAGAAGAACCAACAGAGGAGCCAAUAGAUGAUCCCACAGAAGAACCAACAGAAGAGCCAAUAGAAGAUCCAACAGAAGAACCAACAGAGGAACCAAUAGAAGAUCCCACAGAUGAACCAACUGAGGAACCAAUAGAAGAUCCUACAGAAGAACCAACAGACAAACCAAUAGAAGAUCCUACAGAGGAACCAACUGAGGAGCCAGCUGAAGAUCCCACAGAAGAGCCAACAGAUGUUCCCACAGAUCCACCAACAGAAGAGCCAACAGAUGUUCCCACAGAGCCACCAACAGAAGAGCCAAUAGAAGAUCCCACAGAACAGCCAACAGAAUCUCCCACAGAAGCACCAACAGAAGAAACAACUGAUGCUCCUACAGAAGUUCCAACAGAAGAACCGACAGGAGAGCCAACAGAAGCACCAACAGAAGAGCCAACAGAAGAACCCACAGACUCACCAACAGAAGAACCAGUAGAAGAGCCCACAGAGGCACCAACAGAAGAGCCAACCGAUGCAACCACAGAAGCUCCAACAGAGGAGCCAACAAAAGAACCACAAGAUCCAACAGAAGCUCCUACAGCAGUGCCAACACAGGAACCAACAGAUAUUCCCACAGAGGAACCAUCUGAGGCUCCUACAGACGCACCAACAGAAAAACCUACAAAUCCUCCCACUGAGAUACCAACAGAAGAGCCCACAGAAGAACCUACACGUAUUCCAGCUACCACCCCACCCACAGAAGCUCCAACAACAAGGCCAACUAUAACUGAAAUUCCUUCUACCGCCACUCCUUCAGAUGUGCCAACAGUAGCUCCCACAAAUCCACCUACUACUACAAUAAAGCCAACUAAUGUACCAACUGAUGCUCCACCAACCACUGUCAGUCCAACAUCUGGACCAACAGUAACAACGACGAGUGAACUGCCUCAAAGUACGACUCCCAGCUUACCACCUACUACCACCAGUACAACCACUACUACAACCACCUUGAGACCACAUAUACCAACCAGUUCUACGACGACCACAAGUACAACGACCACUACCACGAUCCGUACCCCUACCAGACCUAAACCAUCUUUGGGUUUCUCGUUCUGGCCCCCAACGCCACGUCCUUUCUGGCGUAGGUGGUGGCGAAACUCGCCAUCAAUAAGUUCUGGCUCUCACGCCAGGAGGCAUUGGCUGUGGUAG